UCAAAUCUGAUUACUGAAGUCAAUAAAAUUGUCAAGUUAUUCAUCAGCAAACUUGUAUUUUUUAGAUUAUUUUACCAAAUUAUCUGUUAAAUUAUUUUCAGUAUUACAGUGAUUAUAGCUGUUCUAUUAAAAAUAAAUAAUUUACAAAAUUCAACUAAAAAUUUAGCGCUUAGUUUAAAGAUAAAACAUGCUAAAUGUUUGAACGAGAUGGGUUCGAAACCGCAAAUAUAUCAUGAAAAACAAGUAAAAGAAUUGUGUGCAUUGCAUGCGUUGAAUAAUUUAUUUCAGACAAGGAACACAUUUUCGAAGUCAGAAUUAGACACAAUUUGCAGUAGGCUAUCUCCAAAUGUAUGGAUUAAUCCUCACCGCUCAAUGCUGGGUCUUGGCAACUAUGACAUUAAUGUAAUCAUGGCUGCUCUUCAGAAGAAAGGUUGUGAGGCUGUGUGGUUUGAUAAAAGAAAAGAUCCUGGAUGCUUAGACCUCUCAAACAUAUGUGGGUUUAUUUUGAAUGUGCCAUCAGAUUAUAAGCUGGGUUUUGUAAUGUUGCCUCUUCGACGACGGCAUUGGAUCACUAUCAGACAAAUACAGGGCAACUUUUACAAUCUCGACUCUAAGUUAGAUUCACCACAGUUAAUAGGAAGGAGUAGUGAUUUAAUAGCAUAUUUAAAAGAGCAAUUAGACAGCAAAGAAAAGGAAUUGUUUGUUGUUGUAAGUAGAGAGGUUGAAGAAAAACAAUUGUGGAUGCAUCAGUACACACUGAACAACCGAGGGCAGGACACACUUUCCAAUCAGAAGGAUGUUGAGCCGCUAUGUGGUAGUCCAGACGAUAGCCUGUCUUCUGAUUACAACAACCGUGAUUCUGAAUGUCUACGGUUAAAUGAGGUCAGAAACUGUUUUGUUAACAAUGAAAACUUUUAAGUGCUUCCAUUGCACAUUGGUUCGGUUGUGUGUUUGUGUGACUAAUCAACGUAAGAUAUUAGUAAAGUGAUAAGAUUUUGUCAUCUAUUAUUUUAUCCAUAUAUAGUAACUGUUAUAACUACACCAUAAACAAAUUAAUAUUAAAAAAAAAACAAUAUUACAAGAAAGUCAUAGUCAUAUGCAUAAUUAUGUAGAUACUCAAAGGCAUAUAAUCCAAAGUUCAAUUUUAAAAUAUUGUAUGUAGAUAUACAUAUGGGUGUUUUGCUAUAAAGGACUAAACUACUCCGUGAUUUUAAAUACAAUAUAUAUUAAGUACUUAAUUUUGAAUGUUAUUUAUAAAUUAUAAGUUUUUUGUUCCUUGUUAUAUCAUUAUUUUGUUUAUUUUUUUAAAGUUGCAUUUAAUUGAAUUGUUGAAUAUUAGUUAAAAAUUACAUAACAGAUAUCUCAUUUUGAAUGAGAGCAAUAUAAAGGCCUAAAGUAAAUUAGAUCACUAAGGGACUGAAUAUUUUGUAAUUCUAAUAGCCAUUUAUGUAUAUUUAAUAGGUUGUAAUAUCUAUAGUCUUAAAUAAAAUUAUUAUUUACAUAAUAUUUUGGUCAGUUAUAUGCAAGACGUUUCAUUGAAAAUGUAUAAAAAGUAUUUUGAUCUUGUAAAAUUUGCUAUCUAUAUUAAAAAUAAUGUUUGUCAAUCAAUUAACUUAUAAAUGUUUUAGUCGAGUAGGUUUUGAACAAGUCAUUUUUGAAUAAUCAGAUAAACAAAUUAAUAUGUAGAUGACAUCAAGGGAAAUAUUGGUAAAAUACUAAUUGAAUAAGUAAUUUCAUCUCUAUCAGUUAGACACUUGUAUGCUUGGAACCAAUAGUUUAUACUAAAAAUAUUUAAUGUCAAUAUGCUGUGAAAUUAAAUACUUAUACCCAUAUAGUCAUAUAAAAGACAAGCUUAAAAAAUACUUGUUUAUUUAUUAUUAUUAUUAUGUGUAAUUAAAAGUUACAAUUUAAUGAUUGCUGUUUUGCUGAGUAAAAGACUUGACUUCAGCUAAGAAGAUAUUAUGGAACAGCUCACUGCUAGGUGUUCCUUGUUGGUUUAUAUUUGAAAGAAUCUCAUCUUGCAUGCAGUUUCUCCACGAUUAUUUUUUUAAUAGAAUUUUAAUAAAAACCUAAGCUUAUUCCAAUUCGAAUUCUUUCCGUAAAGAUUGCCUAUUCCAUCUAUUGGAUCAUCUCGGCUUCAUAAAUUCAUUACUUGCAAGUGAAUGUUCAAUUGACUCAUCAAUUUUAAUUUCACAGCAUAAUAUGAAUUUAAUAUAACGCCAAAUACUAACCAAAAUUCUAAUUAUAGCAUAUAUUUACAUUCAUACUACUGACUUCCACUACCUAAUAAAUAGCACACAUAUUUUGUUGACUUUGUUUAAGCAUCACAAAACGGGAUUGUAAAAUUAAAUGUUUUAUAGUAAACUGUUACACUGGUCACAGAUUUCUAAGUAUCGCAAGUAUAUCUAAUUUUAGUCCCUUAUUUUGAUAUUACUAUUAUGUCCAAGUAUAUUCAUCGGUGGUGGAGAUCCGUGUAAAUUCGACGUGUCGUACUGACAUCCUUGGAAUCAUGAAUGAUCGGCUAUCUUAGAUCUAGUGGAACUAGGAUCCCAAGGCUUGCAGCAUAUUAUUGGUGGAAGGAAUUGACAUUUCUUAUAUUGACAAUGUAAAUAAAUGAUAAUUUGUUAUAUUACAGUAUUGAAAUUGUAAUUAGUAAGUUUUUUUUUAAUUUUAUAUUUCGAUGUAAUAUUAUUUUUAUGUCUACAUUACUCGUUCAUUUUGUUAAUCAAUUUAUAAUAGAAAGUAGGAAUUUGUAUCUGUAAUCUUAAUCAUUGUUCCACUAUAUUGCUUCGAAGUAUAAAGUACUAUAUUCAUUAUAUUAAUUACAAUUUCUAAAAUAUAACAUUACAGCUUAUUAUCAUUUGUUUACAUAAUAUAUGACGGGCGGUGGUGACCACUAACUAUUACUUGAUCCAUUUACCCAUGUCUUCCUGCUAAAACAAAAUUGAAGUGUAAUUUAUAAAAUUAAACUAUACAUUUAAAACAUAAUCACGAUUUAAUUUUAAUGAUUAUAGCCCAAUAUAUAUAUUAAUUUUGAUUUUUUUUUUUUUAUAUGUAAAAAUAAUUCAUUUGAAUCUUAUAAAAGCAUGAGAUCAUGAGAUGUGUAGGGAAAUAGACUACACACGUAUUAAUUUAGUUCAAAAAUUGUAAAACACAUUUCAAAACAUUAUAUAAAACAUUUACAUGAUUGUUAAUUUUCCUUUUUUUACUCUGUUUAACCUUGAAUAUAUAUGCCAAGAGAGAGAGGAUAGACGCCAUUUUAUUGUUAAAAACAAAAAGCAAUACUUUUUUACAUUUUUAGACGUAUAAUUGUUUACGAGUAAUAAUUUAUAGUUAUUUUGUAAGUCAGUGUGUGGUCAGUGUCUGAUUUGUUGUGUCUGUGCCUGCAAUAUAGGCAGCUGUGAAUUCUGUCACCAUUGUAUAAGGAAAGAAUUAAAAUGUAUUUUGAUUCUUAUAUCUUUUACUCUAUAUUGUUGUAAAUAAAUAUUUUUCCAAAA